UGGGUGGGGGGGUUCCGGAAAUGUGACUCAGAAAUAAGAUGGAGAAGUACGAGCGGAUCCGAGUGGUGGGGAGAGGUGCCUUCGGGAUUGUGCACCUGUGCCUGCGCAAGGCUGACCAGAAGCUGGUGAUCAUCAAGCAGAUCCCAGUGGAGCAGAUGACCAAAGAAGAGCGGCAGGCAGCCCAAAAUGAGUGCCAGGUCCUCAAGCUCCUCAACCACCCCAAUGUCAUUGAGUAUUAUGAGAACUUCCUGGAGGACAAGGCCCUCAUGAUUGCCAUGGAAUAUGCACCAGGUGGCACCCUGGCUGAGUUCAUCCAAAAGCGCUGUAAUUCCCUGCUGGAGGAGGAGACCAUCCUACACUUCUUUGUGCAGAUCCUGCUCGCGCUGCAUCACGUGCACACCCAUCUCAUCCUGCACCGGGACCUCAAGACUCAAAACAUCCUUCUUGACAAACACCGCAUGGUUGUCAAGAUUGGUGACUUCGGCAUCUCCAAGAUCCUUAGUAGCAAGAGCAAGGCCUACACGGUGGUGGGCACCCCAUGCUACAUCUCCCCUGAACUGUGUGAGGGCAAGCCUUACAACCAGAAGAGUGACAUCUGGGCCCUGGGCUGUGUCCUCUACGAGCUGGCCAGUCUCAAGAGGGCCUUUGAAGCUGCGAACCUGCCAGCGCUGGUGCUGAAGAUCAUGAGUGGCACCUUUGCACCCAUCUCUGACCGGUACAGCCCUGAGCUGCGCCAGCUCGUGCUCAGUCUGCUCAGCCUGGAGCCCUCCCGGCGGCCGCCGCUCAGCCACAUCAUGGCACAGCCCCUCUGCAUCCGCGCCCUCCUCAACCUUCACACCGACCUGGGCAGUGUCCGCAUGAGGAGGGCAGAGAAGUCCCUGGUCCCCGGGCCACCCAUGGCCCCCGGCGGCAGCACAGGGAGCAGGAGCACCGGCGCCCGCUGCAGGGGCAUACCCCGGGGACACCCACGGCCGGCCAUUCCGCCACCGCUGUCGUCCGUGUACGCGUGGGGCGGCGGGCUCAGCGCCCCGCUGCGGCUGCCAAUGCUCAACACAGAAGUGGUCCAGGUGGCAGCCGGACGCACGCAGAAGGCGGGCGUCACGCGCUCGGGGCGCCUCAUCCUGUGGGAGGCCCCGCCCCUAGGCGCCGGAGGGGGCGCCCUCCUGCCGGGGGCCGUGGAGCAGCAGCUGCCCCAGUUCGUCUCCCGUUUCCUGGAGGGCCAGUCGGGCGUGACUAUCAAGCAUGUGGCCUGCGGGGACCUCUUCACAGCCUGCCUGACCGACCGAGGUAUCAUCAUGACCUUUGGCAGUGGCAGCAAUGGGUGCCUAGGCCAUGGCAGCCUCAAUGACCUCAGCCAGCCCACCAUUGUGGAGGCCCUGCUGGGCUACGAGAUGGUGCAGGUGGCCUGUGGGGCGUCCCACGUGCUGGCCGUGUCCACUGAGCGAGAACUCUUUGCGUGGGGCCGUGGCGACGGUGGCCGGCUGGGACUGGGCACCAGGGAGUCUCACAGCUGCCCCCAGCAGGUGUCCAUGCCCCCAGGACAGGAAGCCCAGCGGGUGGUAUGUGGCAUUGACUCCUCCAUGAUCCUCACUGUCCCUGGUCGAGCCCUGGCCUGUGGGAGUAACAGGUUCAACAAGCUGGGCCUGGACCACCUCUCCCUGGGGGAGGAACCUGCCCCCCACCAGCAGGUGGAGGAGGCCCUGAGCUUCACACCACUAGGUUCUGCACCCCUCGACCAGGAGCCCCUGCUCAGUGUGGACCUGGGCACUGCUCAUUCAGCUGCAGUGACUGCCUCUGGUGACUGCUAUACUUUCGGCAGCAAUCAGCAUGGGCAGUUGGGCACCAAUGCCCGCCGGGUCAGCAGGGCACCCUGUCAAGUCCAAGGCCUGCAGAAUAUCAAGAUAGUGAUGGUGGCAUGUGGGGAUGCCUUCACUGUAGCCAUUGGGGCAGAGGGUGAAGUGUACUCUUGGGGCAAAGGGGCCCGAGGCCGACUAGGAAGAAGGGAUGAGGAUGCUGGACUCCCUCGGCCAGUGCAGCUGGAUGAGACACACCCCUACACAGUGACUUCUGUGUCGUGUUGCCAUGGAAACACUCUCCUGGCAGUCCGCCCGGUUACAGAUGAGCCGAUUCCACCAUGA